AUGCCGCGGGGGCACAAGAGUAAGGUCCGUGCCCGUGAGAAACACCGCCAGACUCGGGGCGAGGCUCAGGGGGCUCAGGCCCCCGGCGCUGAGGAAGAAGGGCCUUGCACUUCUUCCUCUCUUCUUUGUGGUAGUGCCAGGAGCCAAGAUGGGGAAAGACCAAGUACCUCCCAGGCACUACCCACAGGUGAUCUUUCAUCCUGCACACCUCUAGAUAACAGGGCAAUUGUGUUAGUUCAGUUUUUGCUGCGCAAGUAUAACAUGCAAGAGCCCAUAACAAAGGCAGACAUGCUGAAGUGUGUCACCAAAAAAUAUAAGAAGCAUUUCGAUGAGAUUCUCAAGAAGGCCUCUGACCUUAUGGUGCUGGCCUUUGGCAUAGAUGUGCAGGAAGUUGACUCCAACAGGCGCCACUAUACCCUCAUCAGCAAAUUCGGUCCUAGCUCUGAAGCAAGGCUGAGUGGUGAAGAGAUUAUGCCCAAGACUGGCUUCCUAAUGACUGUCUUGUGUGUGAUCUUCAUGAAGGGCAACUGUGCCUCUGAGGAUGCUAUCUGGGAAGUGCUUAAUGUAAUGGAGAUAUAUGAUGGAAGAAGGCAUUUUGUCUUUGGGGAUCCCAGGAAGCUCCUCACCCAAGAUUUAGUAAGGGAAAAGUACCUGGUGUACCGGCAGGUGCCCAACAGUGAUCCUCCACGCUAUGAAUUCCUGUGGGGUCCCAGAGCUCACGCAGAAACCAGUAAGAUGAAAGUCCUGCAGUUUUUGGCCAAGAUCCAUAACACGGUCCCCAGUGCCUUCCCAACCUUGUAUGAAGAGGCUUUGAGGGAUGAGGAAGCGAGAACCCGAGCCAGCUUUGCAGCUAUGUUAAUCGCUAGUGCCGGAGCCGGUGCACAAUCCAGGGGCAAUUCCAGCAAUUUCUCUCAGCCCUAG